AUGACCAAAUGGUUUCUGGACGAUCAUAUACCAUCUGUCUUCACCGUGGGAGAGACCUCAUUUCACGGUGUGAGGUUGACAAUGGCAAAAUGUUUGGGAGAAAAAAUCAUUUGCGAAGGAUAUUUGAGAAAGUCUCCUCCUCCGAAUAAAAUUGUCUUCAAAAUAUCGAUCUCCUGGAAGAAACGUUACUGUGUUCUUUUUCAAAAUGAGCAAGGCAGUUACAGCUUUAAAUAUUACAAAGACGAAAAGGAAUUCAAGGAAGGAAAGCCUCUUCUUGGGGAAUUUAAAAUAGGAACUCUGCAGGAGCUGACAGAUAACCCUGAAGUCAGUGAUGUAUGGCCCAUUGUGCCAAGCGUGAUCAUGCACAGAACAGAAUCCGUUAUAUAUUUUAAAACAGAAAGCCGUGAGCUCUUCCUCUUCGCCGAAGAUAGAGAGGAAACAAAAAAGUGGUACUUGGAACUAGAGAAAAUUAAAAUGUCAAAGAGUGAAUACGAGUGCAGGAUUGUGAGACCAAGUCCACUGAAGCGCGUCAACACACAGAUAGAGAAUAACCCACAGAAGACUUGCCUUCACAAGACCGUUUCAUGCCCGCCGUGUCUCAAAGGAGGGUUCUGCUCGUGUCAGGAGCAGCUCACGGUGCCUCUGUCCAGCGAAAAUGUAAGGAACUAUGAGCAGGGUCCAAGCAUCCACAAUGGACCAAUGGAGCUCAUCACAUUGAAUGUCCCAGAGGCCAGACCAUGUUCUGAUCACUGCUGUAGACAGACCGAGAGCACGACGGUCGCACAGCAAGAGACGGGUUUCCUGCAUUCGGCUUGCGACAUGCAAGACAUUGAUCCACGAUCAUAUCCAGUGAAUAUCAGGGAUGAUAAACUACUAACGGGAAUGUUCUCAGACGCUUUAAAUCGCAAGUUAAGAAAUCUGGAAUCUGAAAAAGACAUGAAAGAGGUUUCAAAGUGUAUCACUCUACAAGAUGUAGAAAAAAUUGCAUUUGUUAAAUUCCAGGAACAAAUAUGUGUUGCUGGCUGGAAGGUGGACCCAGGUUCGGAAUUGAGUGAAAUCCUGCACAUAGGGGACUGGGUCAUCACCGUGGGUGAAAUGAAACCUCGCGACCCCGAGGAUAUUUUAUUCUUUGCAAACCGCUACGCCAAAAAUAAGAUUCCGAUCACCUUUGCUCGUCUCCCGCAAGGAAAAUUGCUAUUUGCCAUCAAAACUGAAAACGAAGACUGGGGGAUAGAGACCGAAGGACCUGUGAUCAAGCACAUAAAACCUCGUUCAGUGAUAGCACAACAUGGAUUAAAUCUACCAAUAUGCAUCACGGACCAGAAAACAGUGCCUUGGCAAAUAACGGAGAUUAACUUCCACUCUGUCAGUCUUGUUUCUGCUGAUAAACAUUCCACUCAGCGUGUUGGGUGCCUCCUGAACAAAUGUACCACCAAACUGUUGCUAGUGCUGCAGCCGAAGGACUAUAUUCAAGGGCUUGUGAGCGAGGUUGAAAAAAUGUACCCCCAAAAGGAGUACGAUACCGAUAUGCACUAACAUUUAUUGUUUCCCAGUCUCGUACUGCGCGAUUCACGUAUGUGUAGAGGCAAGGAUAUGAAUCUUGCGUGCAAACUAAAAACGGAUUCAGUCUUGUAUUUAAAACAAGGUAUUAACAAAUCACAGCCUAAACAAAUGGAGCUAAUAAAAUAUAAGCCUCUCAGUCCCAAAUGGACAUAUGCACACUCAAAGUGAGGAGUGACAUUAAAGAUAGAAUGUUAUUGUCUGGUAUGCAUGUACUCGUUGUUUAAAAUAUUUUUUGUAAGCUGUUUUUUUGUUUUAUAAUGCAACUUUUUAAAUCAUUUAGCACCUCCUUUAACCAACUUGUGCCUAGCAUUUUUAAAAGCUAUAUUUCCUGUCUAUGUAAACGUGUUUAUUAUUACACUGGUUUGUGGUAAAGAAAACAGUUGUUACUAUUUGUGGAAAUAUUUUCUUAUUAUGUAAUGUUAAAGCAGCACAUGCCAUUGUUAACUCUGUUCUGUAUAUUCAGGGUGGGCCAAAAGUCAGGACACGUGGUUAUUUUAUUUGAACACAAGCAUUAAAAUGUUUAUUUAUGAUUUAAGUUAAUAUUUGAUCUAUUAUUAAUAUUUUUUCUUCUUUUUUUAAGGCAUCAUCUCAAAUCCAUCGUUUAAAAAAUACUCGACCGAAAACCCUGAAUGAAUUGCUGAAUGUUCAAAGAUUACACCUGUAAUCUUAAAUAAUGCCUAAAUUCAUUUCGAAAGAUAAUUCAUGCAUGCAUUAACAUUAAUGGAAGUCAGUUUGAACAUGUUAAAAUAAAUAAAAUUACCCUUUGUGAUUUGUUAAAAUAAAUAUAACCCGUGUCUUGACUUUUGGGCCAACCUGUCUUAUUAUAAGUGAGGUAUCUUUAUUGCCAAUUCAAUAAAAUUUUCUUGUACAU